AUUCAGGACUCCUCGCCUGGGCUUUGAGGCAGGUUUUGUAGUGCUUCCCUGAGCAUGAGUUCAGAAUGAAGCGGCGAUUGGAUGAGCAGGAGUCACCGGUGUACACGUCACAGCAGAGACGUAUCACCAGCAGCACAGAAGCUUUCCAACACCAGCAGCGUGUGCUUGCUCCAGCACCUCCUGUAUAUGAGGCGGUUUCGGAGACCAUGCAGUCUGCCACUGGAAUUCAGUACUCUGUAACUCCCAGCUACCAGGUGUCGGCUGUGCCACAGAGCUCAGGCAGUCAUGGCCCUGCUAUAGCGACCGUCCAUAGUGGACAUCAUCACACUACACCAGUGCAGCCUCAUGGAAGCCAGGUGGUGCAGAGUCAUGCUCACCCGACCCCUCCAGCAGCACCAGUGCAGGGGCAGCAGCAGUUCCAGAGGCUUAAGGUGGAGGAUGCGCUGUCCUAUCUUGACCAGGUGAAGCUGCAGUUUGGUAGUCAGCCUCAGGUCUACAAUGAUUUCCUGGACAUAAUGAAGGAAUUUAAGUCUCAAAGUAUUGACACUCCAGGGGUGAUCAGCCGCGUGUCUCAGCUCUUCAAAGGUCACCCUGACUUGAUCAUGGGCUUCAAUACCUUCUUGCCACCUGGCUACAAAAUUGAGGUGCAGACUAACGAUAUGGUGAAUGUGACAACACCAGGGCAGGUUCACCAGAUCCCCACGCAUGGUCUCCAGCCACAGCCACAGCCGCAGCCUCAGCAUCAAUCCCAGCCUUCAGCACAGUCAACCCCAACCCCAGCACAGCCUGCACCACAGCCACCACCUGCCAAAAUCAGCAAGCCAUCACAAUUGCAGGCACAUACGCCAGCCAGCCAGCAGACUCCCCCAAUUCCUCCAUAUGCAUCACCACGCUCUCCACCUGUGCAGCCUCAUACACCUGUGACAAUCUCUCUUGGAACCACACCAUCUCUGCAGAACAAUCAGCCGGUUGAGUUUAAUCAUGCCAUCAACUAUGUCAACAAGAUCAAGAAUCGGUUCCAGGGACAACCAGACAUCUAUAAGGCCUUCCUGGAGAUCCUCCACACGUAUCAGAAAGAGCAGCGGAAUGCCAAGGAGGCAGGUGGUAACUACACACCAGCUUUGACAGAGCAGGAGGUGUAUGCACAGGUGGCGCGCCUCUUCAAGAACCAGGAGGAUUUACUCUCUGAGUUUGGGCAGUUCCUGCCAGAUGCUAACAGCUCUGUGCUGUUAAGCAAGACAACUGCAGAGAAAGUGGAGUCGGUGAGAAAUGACCAUGGUGGAACAAUCAAGAAACCCCAGCUCAACAACAAGCAACAAAGACCCAACCAAAAUGGCUGUCAAAUCAGACGGCACUCAGGAACUGGAGCAACCCCACCAGUGAAGAAGAAACCAAAGCUGCUUGGUUUAAAGGACCAGUCAUUGGCAGAAGCCAGCAAACAUGGGGUGGGGACAGAAUCUCUGUUCUUUGAGAAGGUCCGCAAGGCUCUGCGUAGCACGGAGGCGUAUGAAAAUUUUCUUCGCUGCCUGGUUAUUUUUAAUCAGGAGGUGAUCUCCCGGGCUGAGCUUGUGCAGCUAGUUUCUCCGUUCUUGGGGAAAUUCCCAGAACUGUUCACUUGGUUUAAAAACUUUCUGGGUUACAAAGAGUCUGUUCACAUGGAGACAUUUCCAAAAGAACGGGCUACAGAGGGGAUUGCCAUGGAGAUAGACUAUGCCUCUUGUAAGAGACUGGGCUCCAGCUACCGAGCCUUGCCCAAGAGUUACCAGCAGCCCAAGUGCACCGGGCGGACUCCGCUAUGUAAAGAGGUUUUGAAUGAUACUUGGGUCUCCUUCCCUUCCUGGUCUGAGGAUUCUACCUUCGUUAGCUCCAAGAAGACACAAUACGAAGAACACAUCUACAGAUGUGAGGACGAGCGUUUUGAGCUGGAUGUUGUCUUGGAGACCAACCUGGCAACAAUCAGAGUCUUAGAGGCAAUCCAAAAGAAACUCUCCCGCUUGUCUGCUGAGGAGCAAGCCAAAUUCCGGCUGGACAACACUCUGGGUGGCACGUCGGAGGUGAUCCACCGCAAGGCGCUGCAGAGGAUAUAUGCUGACAAAGCUGCCGACAUCAUAGACGGGCUGAGGAAAAACCCAUCUGUUGCAGUUCCUAUUGUGCUGAAAAGAUUAAAAAUGAAAGAGGAAGAGUGGCGAGAAGCCCAGAGAGGAUUCAACAAGGUCUGGAGGGAGCAGAAUGAGAAAUAUUACCUGAAAUCCCUGGAUCACCAGGGCAUCAACUUCAAACAGAAUGACACCAAGGUCCUGAGGUCAAAGAGCCUCCUCAAUGAGAUUGAGAGCAUCUAUGAUGAGAGGCAAGAGCAGGCAUCAGAAGAUAAUGCUGGAGUACCCAUAGGCCCACACCUGUCACUAGCCUAUGAGGACAAGCAAAUCCUGGAGGAUGCUGCUUCUCUUAUCAUCCACCACGUGAAACGGCAGACAGGAAUUCAGAAAGAGGACAAGUACAAAAUCAAGCAGAUCAUGUACCACUUCAUUCCGGACCUGCUGUUUUCUCAGCGGGGCGAGCUCUCAGACGUGGAAGAGGAAGAAGAGGAGGAAAUGGAUGUGGAUGAAGCCACUGGGGCUGCGAAAAAGCACAAUGGAGUUGGGGGCAGCCCCCCUAAAGCCAAGCUGCUGUUCAGCAACACAGCGGCCCAGAAGCUACGGGGGGUGGACGAAGUGUACAACCUCUUUUAUGUCAACAACAACUGGUACAUCUUCAUGCGGCUUCACCAGAUCCUAUGCUUGCGGCUGCUGAGGAUUUGCACCCAGGCCGAGCGGCAAAUCGAAGAGGAGAACCGAGAAAGGGAGUGGGAGCGGGAAGUGCUUGGCAUAAAACGAGACAAGAGUGACAGCCCAGCAAUUCAGCUGCGACUGAAAGAGCCCAUGGAUAUUGAUGUGGAGGAUUACUACCCAGCUUUCCUGGAUAUGGUGCGGAACCUGCUAGAUGGCAACAUGGAUUCGUCCCAGUAUGAGGACUCCCUGCGUGAGAUGUUCACCAUUCAUGCCUACAUCGCCUUUACCAUGGACAAGCUGAUCCAGAGCAUUGUUAGACAGCUUCAGCACAUAGUGAGUGAUGAGAUCUGCGUGCAGGUGACAGACCUUUACCUGUCGGAGAAUAGCAACGGAGCUACCGGAGGCCUGCUGUCGUCACAGUCAUCUCGGGCCCUUGUGGAGGCCACGUACCAGCGCAAAGCCGAGCAGCUCAUGUCAGACGAGAACUGUUUCAAGCUGAUGUUCAUUCAGAGCAGAGGCCAGGUCCAAUUAACUAUCGAGCUGCUGGACACCGAAGAGGAGAACUCGGAUGACCCCGUAGAGGCAGAGCGUUGGUCAGACUACGUAGAGCGGUACGUCAACUCUGAUUCUACCUCUCCCGAACUUCGGGAACACCUGGCCCAGAAGCCGGUUUUCCUGCCGAGGAACCUGAGGCGGAUCCGUAAGUGUCAGCGUGGUCGGGAGCAGCAGGAGAAGGAAGGGAAGGAGGGAAACAGUAAGAAGUCCAUGGAGAAUGUGGAGAGCUUGGACAAGCUGGAGUGUAAAUUCAAACUGAACUCCUAUAAGAUGGUGUACGUGAUCAAAUCGGAGGAUUACAUGUACAGGAGGACCGCUCUGCUGCGUGCUCAGCAGUCCCAUGAAAGAGUGAGCAAGCGGCUGCACCAGCGAUUCCAAGCCUGGGUGGACAAAUGGACCAAGGAGCAUGUGACCCGUGAAAUGGCAGCUGAGACAAACAAGUGGCUAAUGGGAGAAGGGUUGGAGGGUUUGGUGCCCUGUACCACUACCUGUGAUACAGAGACCCUGCACUUUGUGAGCAUUAACAAGUACCGUGUCAAAUACGGCACAAUAUUCAAGACACCGUAAAGUCCCUGAGUGAGGGAAGAUCACGUGGUGUGUGUAUGUGUGUGCGUAUCAAGGAAACGAGGAAGAUGCCUUUCUCCCCUCACUGUGUAUCUCCGUAACAUGGCCAGUUGACUAGUGCGAAGCUGGUACAACCUGUCACCAGUGGGAUUCGGUUUAGGAAAACGGAUCUCUACAAACCUAAGCUGGAACUGUUGCCAACAGGCCUCUGACUUCAGCGUGCACUGUGGAGGGAAGGACCCUUUUCAGAACUGAGUGAUCCUAGAGAAAUGCAGCUAGCUCAUAUGCACCAGCAGUUUUGAGACUAACUCUUCAAUGGCCUGAGCUUCAAGGGAAGAGAACUGGAUGUUGCAUACAUCCUGACCGGAGUGGUGCAUUUAAAGUUAUAUGCUCAGAUAUGUCGUGAAACCUACAUAUGUGAAACCUACAUAGAGGUGCCUAUCACAACUGGAUUCUCCUCUGUUAGACUGCUGCAGGUUUGCCAGGAUCUCACCCGGGGUCACCCAGCUCUGCAGUCCGGCUGUCGAGAACAGCAUCUCCUGGAUCUGACCCUCGACUCCUCCCUCCUUCACCCUGCUGGACUCCUGAUUCAACCAGCUCAGAUUGGUCUGUCCUUUCUAGUGCCAGCGGGAUUGUUUUGUACCUACUUCUUUACUAGUCUCUCCUAGUGCCAUGCACCAGCUUUUCACACACAUACGCACACACAGCAGAAACAACACAAUUUUAACGUUCCCCUUCCUUUUUUGUAAAUAAAUGUACAUAUUGUCAAUUUUUUUUUGUUUUUUUAUUAAAGGAAGUAUGCUUGAUGUGCUAGCAUAACUGUACCAGCUUCUUGUGUACCGUAGUACCAGGUGGCUUGAGAGUUAGUACCAACAAACAGACCUAUGGAGACAUUUAUUACACUUUUUACCAAAGGGAUUUAUCGUUGUAGUGCUUUUGUGUGGAAACUUUUCUCUCCUUUCUUUUGU